CCUUCCGGCGUGGCGUUCUCGAACGUUCUACUUCUACUGCAUCUCCAGCCCUUGUUUUGUCCACGUCAGCAGUCCUUCAGCUCAUCUCGGAGCUCUAUGUUUUCCUCUUCUCUCUCUCCGCUCUCUCUCUCUCUCUCCUCUGUCUUCUCUCUCUUCUCUUUCCCUGACGAAAGGAUCUCUCUCUCUCUCUCUCUGUAACUGUUUACACAGUCUUACGUUUCUUGGUCCGGUCAAGGUUGUCGGAAACACAAAAUCUGAAAAAUAUCCGAACUAAGACAUUUUUGGAGAUCCAAACUUAGAUUUUCAGGAUUAUUCUCUGACGUUGUUAUUAAGUUUUAGUUACAAUGAUUUUCUUGGUAAUUUGAGUUCGGAUCUAGGUCACUUAUGGCGAUUAAUGAAGCUUUGCAGGGUGAAAGCAAUUUGUUGGGUUUCAAGCCGUUUUUAGGCAGCUAACAACGUUUGGCGUUUGUUUCGCAUCCAUUGUGUAUAUAUUCGGUUAUGGAUUUGCUGUCGGCAUCACUCUGUAAUCGGUCAACACACUUUGUGUUAGAUUUACAAGGGUCUGUAAUUGCAGAUGUUUAUUUUUGAAAUCAGCGCUGUCCGCUAUUCUUUUUCCGGAUUCAAGAAGAUAUUUUUUUCGUUCUGAACUUGGGCCGUGUUUACUGCUAGUGUUUUGUGUGACUGACAGGGAGUGUCCUGAUGAAUGUUAAUAGUGACGAGGACAGACAACUGUCGGAACUAAACCACCGCUCAUGGGAGGGCGAGGGGGAGAGGGGUAACAAUGGAGUGGAGGAUGAGGAAAGGAGGUUAGUCGAGGAAGAUGAGUCGAAAAGUAAUGGAAGAGCUGGAGAUGUAAAAGGCCGGCUAGGUGGGGCUGUUCAAACCCAGACUGUUACUCAACAGCCUCAAGGGUCGACGGUUUGCUGGGAGAGGUUUCUACAUGUAAGAUCUCUUAAAGUUUUGCUGGUGGAAUAUGAUGAUUCUACUCGCCAUGUUGUCACCGCACUGCUUCGCAAUUGCAGUUAUGAAGUGAUUCCAGUAGCAAAUGGAGUGCAAGCAUGGAAGAUUCUUGAAGAUUUGACUAAUCAUGUUGAUCUAGUCUUAACUGAGGUAGUCAUGCCGUGUGUAUCAGGCGUUAGCCUUUUAAGCAAGAUUAUGAGCCAUAAGACACGGAAAAAUGUUCCUGUGAUCAUGAUGUCAUCUCAUGAUUCAAUGGGCCUCGUCUUUAAGUGUUUGUCAAAGGGUGCUGUUGACUUUUUAGUGAAGCCUAUUCGAAAGAAUGAGCUUAAGAACCUCUGGCAGCACAUUUGGAGGAGAUGCCAUAGUUCUAGUGGUAGUGGAACGGGAAGUGAAAGUGGCAAUCAAACCCAAAGGUCUAUAAGAUCAAAAAGUGUUGAAAAGUCUGAGAACAAUAGCGGAAGCAAGGAUGAGGAAGAUACUGAUUUGAAUGUUGGAGAUGGUAGUGACAAUGGGAGUGGCACUCAGAGUUCUUGGACAAAAAGAGCUGUAGAAGUUGACAGUCCGCGACAUGCGUAUUCAUGGCCCCAUCCUGAUAGUACUUGUGCCCAAGUAGUUCACUCAAAUGCUGAAUCACUUGGUAACAAAUUGGUUCCUGCAGCUGCGACAAGGGAGUGCCAGCAACAGAAGGAACAAAAUGACAACUUUGCAAUGGGAAAAGAUCUGGAGACAGGCCUGACCAAUAUUGAAGAAUUACAGCAUGGGCAGUGUAAUGAUUUUUCAACAAAACUAGCAGGAGCAAGACAGAAUAAUCUGCUUGAGACAGGUUCCAGUAAACUUGACGAGAAAAUUGAUAAGGGAAAGCUGAACUUGAAACGUGAGAGUCCUUCCAGCAUGCUGAAGUAUGAUGGUGCUACAAUAACAGACGUUAACAAUAAGGCGCAUAGUAAUGUUCAUGAAAUUUCAUCCGUGGAGCUCAGUUUGAAAAGGCUUAGAGGAGUUAAAGGCACUGAGACAACAGUACAAGAUGACCGCAAUGUCUUGAGACGGUCAGACUCUUCAGCCUUUUCAAGGUAUAACACAGCCUCAAAUGCUAACAAGGGUCCUUCUGGGCAUGUUGGAAGCAACUCUCCACAUGAUAAUAGUGGAGAAGUUACGAAAAAGGAAUUCUUUCGCGGCAUUCGAUCUCAUUCAAGAGAUAACCCUCCCAAUCAAUGCUUGAAAGGAGGCAGCAAUAUCAAUGAUAUGGGAUCCACUACUAAUAAUGCCCUUCCGAAAUCUCAAGUUGCAAACAAGUCAGAAGCAGCAUCCACGGUCCAACUUUUGCAUCCAUCAUCUGCUUUCCAUCCUGUGAAGGACCUUAAGAGUGCUACCGAACAUGUUAUAAAAGAUAAUUCUAGCAAUGUGGAAACAACAGUACGGGUUCAAUCAAGAGACACCCAGAAGCAACACCAAAUCCAGAACCGCCAUCAUGAUUAUGAUCAGCAUCGGGUCCAUCACCAUGUUGUCCACAAUAUGCAAGAGCCACAGCUGCGUGACAAUAAUGAUUUAUCUUUGAAGAAAUUGGCUGCAGCUGCCCCACAUUGUGGAUCAUCGAAUGCCCUAACUGGGCCUGUUGAAGGUAACCCUGGAAAUUAUAGCAUCAAUGGGAGUGGUUCAGGUAGUAACCAUGGGAGCAAUGGGCAAAACGGAGGCAGCGGUGGACAUAAUGUUGGAGGUACAAAGCUAGAAAGUGAUUAUGGAGUUGCUGGGAAAAGUGGAAGUGGUGACGGUAGCGGAAACCAGAGUGGAAAUAGAGUAGAUGAAAACAUGUUCAAGCAGAGAGAAGCUGCCUUGACCAAGUUCCGUCAGAAAAGAAAAGAGAGAUGCUUCCGAAAAAAGGUUCGGUAUCAAAACAGAAAGAAACUGGCAGAUCAACGACCUCGAAUUCGAGGACAGUUUGUGCGGCAUACAAUGAGCGAGAACACGAGCAGGACAACAGAUAGCUAACUCGGGCACUUCCGGUAACAUAGGUUUGAAACUUGGUGAUUACUUGUGAGCUGUUAUCAGUUAAAUGCAUAUGUAUAUUUUCUUGCAACUCUUAUGAGCAAGGUGCUACGUAAAUAUUCGUGUAGACAGAUUUGGAGGUGUAGGACGUGAGAAUUCCAGACAAGACCACACCUUGAAGCUGCAGUCGAUUAAUGUGGAUUUCAAAUUGCUUCUUUAAACAGGAGGCCGUCGGCUUUAUGCCAUCAGUGUCCUUUUAUUUCGUGUUAAAGAAUAAAAUGUCUUCAAUGCCUUCUCUAGACUAUUGGCUUCUCGGCAUUAGGCCGAGACUCGAGAGCCGGCCAAUAUUUCACUUGAGGUUAGGUUGCUCUCUCUACCGCAGGCGGGUUGGCCAAGGCGGUUUGCCCGCCAUGUUGAAUCUGAGUUUGAAUUUCCCU